UGUGUAGUCUGCUGCAAUUUCAUCAUGAUUUUACAACUCAAAAUAAUCAUAUCUAAUUAAAUGUCCACGUGAUAUAGCUGAAUUUCACUCUGCUGAAACAACAUGUUUGCGGUGUUUUGGGUUCUCUUGCACACGGUGCACAUAAUCUACAGUGUUAUUACUUAUUUACAAGAGGGAAUUGCACUGUUGAUUUCAGCUUACAAACAGCGAACUUUUUUUGGAUUUGGAAAAGAAUAUUUCGAUCAAUCGACGUUUGAGCGCAUAAAAACGUAUUGUUGCUUUGAUCGAAGCUCCAAGUAUCCGAAACAUGUAGCGCUCAUUGUUAGUGAUAGAGUGACAUCGUCGAUAGACGUAAAUAAAUUUAUUAAUUGGUGCAUCGCUGCUAAAAUACAUUACGUUUCUGUUUACGAUUGUAAAGGUAUUUUGCAAAAAAAUGUGAAAGAGAUUGAGAAAAAAUUUAUUCAGCUCAAACCUCAAAUGGCGGAAAAAAUUGAAUGGAACUGUCAUUUAAUAGAUUCAACUGAUAAGACUAUGUUAAAAAUUGAAAAAAUAUCGAGUGAUGUAUCAGAAUCUAAUUCUGUAAUCCAAAGUAGUGAUUAUCAUAAAAUACAGUUUUUAUCAUAUGGCGAUGGCAAACAAAAAAUUGUUGAUUGUAUAAAAUCUAUGGUGAACAAAAAAUACCUUACUCAGUGUAGUAUGGAAGAACUUCAAGCUCUACUAGAUUCUACAUUAAGUACUGGAUUUCCAGAUCUUGAUUUAGCUAUAGUAGUUGGAAGCAGUAUGUGCUCUUAUGGCCUUUUGCCUUGGCAUACCAAAGUUACAGAGUUUUUUACUGUUCCUGCCAAUUUUAAUGCAUCUUUUGAAACCUUCAAAAGUAUCCUUAUAAAGUUUAGUAAAAGUGAACAGCGUUAUGGUAGAUGAGUUAACAUUUUGUGCUACAAGGCAAAAUCAUGAAUUUCCAUAUUUUUGUACCAUAAAUUUCAUCAAAUGAUAAACUUGUGAGUUUUGAAACGACAUUCAUAACCAUUUACAGUAAAAGUCCUGUUAAAUGAUUGGAAUAUCAACUUUUUGUUGUAUAAAAUUUUUACUUAGUGUAUUAAAAAUGUAUUUUAUGAUGGAAAUUAAAAAUUAUAAUCUGUAAAUAAACAAAGAAGAAAACUAGGCAAUAUUUUUCAAUUUAUAUUUUAAUAACUUUUAAAACGUGUGAAUAAUUAAUACAUCAUAAGGUCCAAAUCAUUAAUUACACCAUAUAUUUAAAAUAACAAUUUGCUUAUAAUAAAUUUCACAAUUCAUAAUCAAAUGAACAGUGUAGAAAAUAUCUUAUCAAUUUUAAUAUUAUUUAUUCUCUAUUUAUGAUUUUUUCAAAGUGAGUGAAAAUGCAAUUGUAUUUAUGUAUAGUCAAAUCAAAAAAAUAGGCUAAAUUAUAGAAUUACAACGUACAAAUAAAUGACUGUCUCAUUGAAAGACUAAAUAUUA